CUCGUAACUCAAGUCUCUCUCUAUAUAUUGAGGGCAGUUUAUUUUGCUUUGAAGAGAAAUUAAGAAAGAAGAAGAUAACCCUCAGGAUGGAGUUUGAUAGAGUUCAAACCAUCGCUUCUUUGUCAUUUGACAAGGAAGCGAUUCCUUUAGAGUUCAUCAGGCCAGAGAAAGAGCAGCCAGCAAUAACCACAUUUCGUGGUCUAGCCCCUGAGAUUCCAGCCAUUGAUCUCAGUGACCCUGAUCAAGAGAAAUUAGUGGGUUUGAUCGCCGAUGCUAGCAAGGAAUGGGGGAUAUUCCAGGUUAUAAACCAUGGAAUUCCAAGUGGUGUUAUUGCCGAACUACAGGGUGCUGGUAAGAAAUUCUUCGAACUCCCUCAGGAAGAGAAAGAGGUGUGUGCUAGGCCUCCUGAUUCAAAAAGCAUUGAAGGCUAUGAUUCCAAAUUGCAGAAAGAUCCCCAAGAAAAAAAAUCUUGGGUUGAUCAUCUCUUUCAUAGGAUAUGGCCUCCUCCUUCCAUCAAUUACCAGUUCUGGCCCGAAAACCCUCCUUCUUACAGAGAAGUUACCAAGGAGUAUGCUAAGUAUAUGAGAGAUGUGGUAGAUAAGCUAUUCACAACCCUCUCUUUAGGGUUAGGGCUUGAAGGGCAUGUGUUGAAAGAAGCUGCCGGAGGUGAACAAAUUGAAUACAUGCUCAAAAUAAAUUACUAUCCACCAUGCCCACGUCCAGACCUAACACUUGGGGUAGUCGCUCAUACUGAUCUAUCUGCCAUCACCAUUCUUGUGCCUAAUGAGGUCCCCGGAUUGCAAAUCUUCAAGGAUGACCAUUGGAUUGAAGCUAAGUAUAUUCCUGAUGCCUUGAUCAUUCACAUUGGUGAUCAAAUUGAGAUCCUUAGCAAUGGUAAGUACAAGGCUGUUUUGCAUCGAACCACGGUGGCUAAAAAUAGGACAAGAAUGUCAUGGCCAGUUUUCUUGGAGCCACCAGGCGAGCUUGUGGUUGGUCCUCUUCCUCAAUUCAUUAACAAAGACAAUCCUCCAAAGUUCAAGACCAAAAAAUUCAAGGAUUACACGUACUGUAAACUCAAUAAGCUUCCCCAGUAGUGAGGACUUGGGAGAUGUCACUGCCCAUAAGCCUUCCAUGAAUUUCAUAUGCAUGUAACUUGGUAUUACUUUAUGAGGUCUUGCUUUAGAGAUGCCACUGGAUUUAGCACUCAGAAUAAUGGUGUGCUCUCUGUGAUGAUAAUAUUAUGGACCUGCUAUAUUUAAUUUUAUGGCCAAAACCCUGUUGGGAAUCUUAA